UAUUCAAAAGUUUAGGACUCACAAUUAAAAACCAGAAGCAAACCACUAUCACCCCAACCCCCCAAAAGCCGAAACCUGCCGGCCCUCAAAUUGGUAGCCGCUAAAUCCCCUCCAUGAUAAUGAAGUGCAAGCUGCACAAAACUGUUCUUCCUCGUUUUCAUCAAAUCGGUAACCAUUAUUCACUUCUUCAUAUAAAAACCAACUCCUCCUCGUCGUCGUCCUCUUCUUCUUCUUCUUCUUCUUCUUUUAAUGGCGUAUACAGCGCCACAAAUUCAUCCAAGAAAGGAAAUAGAAAAAGGUAUGAGUUUCAUAACAUCGUUGAUGCCCUUACUUUGUUUAAUAAAAUGACCCAUGUUUCUCCCAAGCCAUGUAUUGUUGAAUUCAAUAAACUAUUAGGUUCUAUUGUGGGAAUGAAACAUUAUGCCAUUGUUGUUUCUCUUUGUAAACAAAUGGAAUUGUUGGGGAUAAGACAUGAUGUUUAUACUCUUAAUAUUUUGAUGAACUGUUUCUGUGUUUCGAAUUGCGUCAAUUUCGGAUUUUCAGUUUUUGGAAAAAUGUUGAAGCUUGGUUAUAGAUUGAAUUUAGUUACUUACUCUACUUUGAUUAAAGGGUUUUGUACUCAAGGUAAAGUUGGUCAAGCUGGUAAGUUGUUUGAUGAGAUGGUUUUAAUGGGGUUUCGACCGGAUUUGUAUAUAUAUACGAUAAUGGUUAAUGGAUAUUGUAAAAUGGGUAAUAGUGAUGGCGCUGUUAGAAUGUUGAGGGAGAUGAAAGAAAGGGGUUUCAGGCUUGAUUUAGUGGCGUAUACUUCUGUUAUAGAUUGCCUUUGUAAGAAUAAGUAUGUAUCAGAGGCUUUGGACAUUGUGGAUGAAAUGAAGGGCAAUGGUAUUCAACUGGAUGUUGUUACUUACAGUUCGCUAAUUCGGGCGAUGUGUAGUUUGGGAAAUUGGAGUGAGGUGAAGAGAUUACUCGAGGAAAUGGAGAGGAACGAUUUGAAACUGAAUGUUGUGACUUUUAAUAUAUUGGUUGGUGGAUUUUGUAAAGAAGGGAAAAUUUCUGAGGCUCUAGGUGUGGUUGCAAUGAUGACUCGUAAAGGGGUUUGGCCUAAUGUUAUCACCUAUAGUGAAUUGAUAAACAGGUAUUGUUUGCAGGGUGAAUUGAGUGAGGCUAGAAAGGUUUUUGAUUCGAUGGUUAAUCUUGGAUGUGAACGUAAUGUAUUUAGUUACAAUAUCAUGAUCAAUGGAUAUUGUAAAACUAACAAGGUAGAUAAAGCGCUAGAGCUCUUUCAUGAAAUGACUCGGAAAGGGCUGGCUCCCGACGUUGCUACAUACACUACUCUUAUGGGUUGCAUGUUCCAAGUAGGGAGGCUUUCAGAUGCAGAAAAACUCUACGAGAAUAUGCGUGCUUGUGGUCAAGUUCCAAAUCGUAUUACUUACUCAGUUUUGCUAGAUGGUUUAUUAAAAAAUGGUCAAAUUGAUGUGGCAUUAGAACUAUUUCAUGCAAUGCAAAACAAUGAGUUAGAACCCUAUAUUUUCCACUAUAAUAUCCUACUUGAUGGCUUGAUCGAAGCCAAGCAUUUCGAAGCUGCAACAAGACUCUUUUCACACGUCUUUGCUAUUGGUUUAAAGCCUAGUCUACCGACAUAUAACAUAAUGAUCAAGGGACUUUGCAAUGAAGGACUACCUGAAAAAGCAUAUGAUCUUUUCAAGAAGAUGGAAGAAGAUGAUUGUUUUCCGAAUAACAUCUCUUACAAUAUUACAAUUCGGGGUUUCCUUCAAAGAAAUAACUUGUCUAAAGCUAUGAAAAUUCUUCAUGAAAUGGUAAAUAAAGGAUUUUCUGCUGAUUCAUUAACAGUAGUCAUGUUAGUGAACCUAUUGGCAGUGAAUGAAGAAGAUCAACCAACUUAUGAGAUAAGGCAGGCAUUGUGAAGAUUGUCAAACAAUAAAGAGGAAGUUUCACAGUGAAUAUGAACGUUUACUAGGUACGCAACGUCUCUUUUAUGUUUCUAUUACUGUCAUUCUUUUGCAUUCUUCAGGUAAUUUUAAUAUUAUCGAGCCAAUUUUUAUUGUUAUUUUACUAGAGCUUCGUAAUGAAAUGGUAGGAGCUGCAUCAUUGAAAUGCUUUAGUAUAAGCUAAUGUACCUGCCCCAAAACCCGAGUCUUAUUGUUAUCUCUAGCUAGUUGUAACCUUAGUAACAAUGAACCACCCUGUAUUUGAAUAAAGCUUGUUGAAGUGAAUCAGAAAGGGAAAAUGAAGCAAAAGUACAAAAACAAUGCAGAAAAGGCUCAAAAAAGAUUCUUUCACAGCCGAAUUGGUAAAUAAUGAUCAAGAUUUAACAAUACAAAUAACCAAGUAUAGUUCAUUGUUUUUACUCCACCUGCUAUAUAGGUUUUCUAUAGUUAUUUUAUCUAAAUUUCAGUUUACUGAGCAACUAAAGUGAGAAUGAAGGCACCCAACAGAGUCAACCUCUUGCUUUGAGAAACACAGCUCAAGUAGGCCAACCUGCGCACAUGAAAUUCAAAAAGCCAUCAUUUUAAAGGAAUGUAAAUUUGAUGCCAAGAUAAAGAUUAAGUGGAAUAGAGAGGCAACCGCCUGCAAUCACUGAAUAUCAUUUUCACACUUUCAGAGCAGCUUGUGAACCAUGUUUUUUUUUGUGUAUUUGGUGGUGACUCUUCUCAAAAAUAUCAACAAGGUUUUCCAUGAGUUUAGAAUUUCAUUGGUAUGCUUGGCGACGAGGAAGCAGACUAUUCCUGUUGGUCGCUCAAUCUUUGCAACAUGCUUCUCAACUUCCUGGAUUUUCACUUGAAGUUGCUGGUGAUAAUUUCUGACCUUAAGGCAAAUGAAGGCUGCUUGAGCUCAACCUGAUGAUAUAUAGACCUACUUCAUGAUGCUUUGGAUGAUUUCCAGAAUCUCAACCUUACCCCUCGUCCUCAAAGGAGGGGAUGAUGAAGAGAAGAAGCAAGAAUCUGAUACUUUACCUAGUUUUCAAAGGUUAGGAAUUGGAUUACCUGACUUGAAGUGCAAGAAAAAGGGAAAGCAAAAGGUUUUCAAGGGAAUCUCAUACUG